AUGGUCGUACUUCCUCAGCCCACAAACAAAUCGCACUUCAGACCGAGUUCUGAGCCCAGAUCCCUGCAAGUCAGUGCCCUGUGGACGAGACAACUCGUGCACAAUGCACAGUUGUCACUCAUGGAUAACACCCCUACGCGGUCGUACUUCCUCAGCCCACAAACAAAUCGCACUUCAGACCGAGUUCUGAGCCCAGAUCCCUGCAAGUCAGUGCCCUGUGGACGAGGUCCUGUGGAGGCAGUGGUGAAGGAAGACCAACGCUUCAGGUGCAACGAUUGCGGCAAGUCCUACGUCCACCAGCGCACUUUAAUCAGACACGUGCGCUACGAGUGUGGGAAGUUACCACGAUUCAGUUGUCGAUACUGCGACUACAGAGCACACCACAAGAACCACGUGCGCGCGCACAUCGGAGCAAAACACGUAGAGAAUUUUUCGUCGGGUGCAAACCGUAUGUAA